AUGGCGAAUUACCACAAUGGCAAUCUUCCUUACGGGCAGCCGGGGAACCAGCAGCCCUAUGAUGCCUACACCCCUCCGUCCACCAACCCGCCGCUCCGACGAAUGCCAAGUUACAGCGCGGGGGACGACACGAGUCUCUUUGCUCCCCCAUCCACUCACUCGAGGGUCGCAGAGAACCAUAGAUAUCCCAAUCGUGCGAGCGUCGGCGAGCCUCCAGUAUCCUAUGGCCAGCGCGACGACUACGGCGAGCCUCGAUACGCUCAUAUCCCCUCGGCUACUUCGCCGCCUCGCGCCCGCGCCCAGUCCCAGUCCAGCUACCAAUACCAGUAUGGUUCAUUAGGACCGAUGUCGCCGACCCAGACCUCCUACAACCCCCAACAAUAUGCCCUACCUCCUACCUCGUCGCAUCAGCGUACCGGAUACAGCCCGCUGUCAUAUUCCUCCUCGAAUUCCUACGGCAACAGCAACAACAGCACCUCGCCAACCCAUCAGCCGUAUAACCCGGCCGCUUACCAAGCGACGAACAUUGGCAGCCUUGGGUCUCCCACAAUACAGCGUCAGUCGAGCAUGCUUUUCGCUCAGACGCCCCUCUCACCAAGCCCGUUUGGAUCAUCGCACCCUUCGUUACCUCCUCCGCCUCCACCGCGUGGACCUGAUCACCCUUACGGCGGCCGUCCCUCGCCACAAUAUCCGAGCGCAUCGCCAGGAGUCCAGUAUGGAUUUCCGCAGCACUCAUCCACCGCUUCAACGUAUAACAGUCUGGCCUCUCCAACUACACCGAGCAUGACCUACGCACCCGGUAGCGGAUCGCUCUCCGGCAUGGCAUCGUAUAACUCCCGUCCAUACGGCGGAGUUCCGGUCGCAUCGCACUUCUCCCAUCCUUCUCAUCUUUCGGAUCCCAACCGGACACCCUCGGUGGAUGAAGAGCCGCCCGAGCCGCCGGCGCACCUCUCCUCGGGGGAUACCUACGACAAAUCCUACAAUUCGGUGCACAUUCCAGCUCGGUCCCUUCCGACGCCUCCCGUUCACCAAUCUCAGUCGUCAAUGUCCCCCCGAAGAACGGAUACCCUGACGAGACAUCCACAGGCACGCCCCCUUCCAGGGCCUCCAGUCGAUUCAGAGUAUGGGUAUCUGAACGGCGGCGCACAAUCUGCGGAUCAAGCAUUGACCUACGAUGGCUUAGUCAGGGAAGUUGACGCCGCUAUCCCGGACAAACAGUGGACCAGUUAUCAGUCCGAUAGGCCGCUCCACAUUGACAUGAAUUCCCAGGACUCCGUUGAUCGACUGAACCUACCGGGAUCUGCGCAUCCUUCCUCGGAUUCUGUCCCCUCCCACCUUUCCCCUGACGAAAGACAUACCCAUACGAAUGGGAACAUGGCCACAGGUACCGGGCAGUAUGUGAACUACGAUGCCUACAGCGAUGAUAGUGACGCCGAAGCGGAGGCGGGCUUGGCGAUGCUGCGGAUGGCUGAUGAAGAGGAUCGCGCGCAGGCUGAGCGGCUGCAGGAACGAUCGCGCCAGGAGACCAAUGCCUCAAAUACGAGCUCCCUGGUUAAACGACCAUCAGUUACGGCUGCCUCACCAGUUCAAGUCACUCGUGCUGAAUGGUAUCCUGCUCAUAGUGGAAACAGCUCCUUAGGACAUUCCCCGUAUGACGACAGCGCUUUAGCCGCGAGCCCAUAUGGCAAUGAAGCCAGCUACGCCAGCCAUCAUCAAGUCGUCACUUCCGGUUCCCGUCACAGCUCUAAUGCAUCUCGCGAGGACCGCGCAGAGUACUCCGACGAUUAUGACUAUCCUCCGAUCGAAGAUGAUUACGCGUUCCAUCCAUUCCCCGAAUUGCCAUCAACUGCACGAGUUGAUGCCGCCGGCACGGGUGGUCUAUCCGAACCAAGCGCAUACAACCGACGGAUGAGUUUUGAUUAUGGUGAUGAAACAGAUGGCUCGUUAUCGCACCGCAGGCAGUCCCAUCAUUCAGGGAGUGAAGGCUCUCUUGUCGGCGAGGAACCUGGGGAUCUGUUCUUCCACCCUGGAAUGCGGCCCCUCCCUCCACCUCCAGAAGGACCUGCAGAUAACGCGACAUUAAUACCACACUUACUGCCGGCUGGCACAUAUCGACAAAUAGAGUCGGACUAUUCAUCUUCCUACGUCUCUGUUCCAACACCAGAUGCGUACGCAGUAGCCGCACCCAGUCCUACACAUUUUUCGCGGUCCACAUCUUUGACGAGCCAUCCAAUUGCACCACGUGCUGACCCACCAAUUAGGUCUAAGACCGAUGCAGACAGGGUGAAAUACAAGCAACAACAGGAGAUGCUGCGGCAGGGUGGCUCCAAGUUUGAUUCACCUCUGGACAUGGUAUCACCUGGCAUUCCCCUUGAUCUGCCUAUAAUACCCACCGGUCGCCGCAAGAAGUUCCAUCCGUCCAAGCUGUCGUCCGAGGACUUCCGACGCUGCGCAGAACCGUGGGCGCUCAGCUCCGUUUUGGCCUGGAUCCGAGAUCUGACAGAAGAUGAGAAUGACUUGAAAACACACGCCGUCAUCGAUGCCAUCGUCGCUCUGUUCACUCACAAAGUCCCAACUAUGAAUAUCGCUGACGCCGAGACACUUGCUGCACGUGUUGUUGAGAACAUGUUUGACCAAGGAGCCCUCAUUGAGGACGAGGAAUGGGUCAAGUUUGGCAACGGCAUGAUGUCCGGUGUGCUGUUCCAGAUCACCGGUACUGGGUGCUACUCCCCGUUGUUACAUGAGGAGGAGAAGGACGCCGAGGUUGUCGGACGCUGCUACUCGCAUCACUGUAUGCGGACGCUCAAGAAAGUGAAUUUGAGGGCGCAGGUCAUGGAGCCGCAGAAGAAGGCGGAAGACUGGGUGACUUUCUACAAGGUUACAAAAGAGAUGUUGGAGAUACACUCCAAGAAGGAAAUCGACCGACAGAACAAUUUACACGAGAUCGUUACUACUGAAGACUCCUUCAUAGGGCAACUUGAUGUUCUUCGAGAACUCUAUCGCGACCGACUGGCGACGGCUGAACCUUCCAUCAUCCCACCCAAACGCGCAAACAAGUUCCUCCACGAAGUCUUUGGCAGGGUCGAUGCGGUAAAGAGGGUAAAUGAGGAAUAUCUCCUUGCGCAGUUGAAGUAUCGGCAAAAAGAACAGGGUCCGUUUAUUGUUGGGUUCAGUGACAUUUUCCGAGAAUGGAUUCGCAAGGCAAAGGCCGUGUACACCAGCUAUGCAGAGACGUUCCCCCACGCAAACUACCUCAUUCGCAAAGAGGCCGAGAGGAAUGUUGUCUUCCGCCAGUUUCUCAGCACAGCUCGGGAUCAUAAGCUCUCCAAUCGUCUCAGUUGGGAUACCUUCCUGAAGGCUCCCAUCACCCGAAUUCAGCGAUAUACUCUGCUUCUGUCGACGGUUCAUCGCAACAUGCCGAAGGACUCCGAGGAGAAGGCCAACCUAGCACAGGCUAUCGAAGAGAUCAAGGUCGUCGCGUUGGAGUGCGACAACAAGGUCGGCGAAAUGAGCAAGAAGGUCGACCUGAGAGAGCUGGCUUCCAAGCUUCAACUUCGCCCAGAAAUGAGAAAGCGUGUGGAACUGAACCUGGACUUCUUGGGCCGGGAGGUCGUCUUCCGUGGUGACUUGCAGCGGCCGGGCUCCCGAACGCGUUUCUUGGUCGAUACGCAUGCCAUUCUCUUCGACCAUUUCCUCGUCUUGGCGAAACUAUCCAUUACCAGAGAUCCCGCCAAGCCAAUGAAAUACGAAGUAUACGAUGUAUCGAAGUUGCCUAUUCCGAUGGAUCUCUUGGUACUUGAGAGCACCCGAGAAGACCCAGUCGUGAAAUCUGCCGUCAGGGGAGUAGUUGCCGCUGGUCAAUCUCCUCAGCCUGGCGUUGUAGCCCAGGCUGGCAACGCCGAUAAGGGUCUCGUUCCUGCCACGGACUUGGGAUCUAAAGAUGACAAAGUGUUGUAUCCUUUCAAGGUCAAGCAUCUGGGUAUGAACGAAACUUAUGUCCUAUACGCACCCUCGGCGCAAAAUCGAAAGGACUGGUGUGAUAGGAUUACCGAAGCAAAGACGAAGCAUGCCGCGUCUUUGUAUGCUCAGAAUGCUGAGCCUUUCCGUCUGCGCGUUUUGGCCGACACUGCCUUUGCCAGCAACGACGCCUCUCCGCCGACGCACAGUGCUAUAAUCAAGGGGACGCCUCUGCAUCGCGCCGUCAAGGAAGUUGAAAAGCAGUACCCUGCGUCGGCUCGACCGAACCCCAUUUGUCGGGCGGCGGUCCAUUGUGCUACUGUCUUCGAACAACCUCCUGGACGCAAGAUGUGUGCAAUCGGGACUGACUACGGGGUUUACCUUUCCGAGUACAAUGAUCCCAGGGGAUGGUCUAGAGCAAUUGCCAUGGCCCGCGUGACGCAAAUCGCGGUCUUUGAAGAAUUCAACCUUUUCCUCUUGAUUGCCGACAAGUCCUUGAUUGCAUACCACCUUGACGUUGUCUGCCCAACGAGCGGCGUGCCUGCAUCAGCAUCCAACGAUUCAGCCCGGCGAGCACCACAGAAACUCUCUGGGAAUAGAGAAGUAGGCUUCUUUGCGGCCGGACACAUGAAAGACCGUACGCUGGUCAUGUACAAAAAGCGUGACGGCCUGUCGUCGACAUUCAAGAUUCUGGAGCCCGUCCUGCAAAAGUCGGCAACGAGUAGAGGUCGAUUCUUCAGCUCCCGCCGAUCCAACACCGAAUUCUUCCGCGAAUAUGACGAGUUCUACAUCCCCGCCGAGAGUUACGGGAUCAACUUGUUCCACUCCUCGCUCGCGAUCUCGACCCAGAAGGGAAUCGAGAUUCUCACCCUCGAUAAGAAGCAGACAUGGUCUGUCCCUGAAUUCCGCACCGAGGCUCAGGAGGCGCAGGCACAUCUCAGUGAGAUCGGGCGCCGCAUCACCGGUCUUCGGCCCCUGGGCAUGUUCCGCCUCAGUGACGCAGAGUUCCUGGUCACGUACACCGAGUGUGCGGUAUACGUCAACCAGCACGGCGAUGUAUCUCGCAGUGUCGUGCUGGAAUUUGUCGGUCGCGCCCACUCGGCCUGUCUUUACGGCAAGUUCCUGAUUCUCUUCAACGACGACUUUGUCGAGGUGCGAAACGCCAUGAACGGCCGGUUGCGCCAAGUCAUUCCUGGCCAUAAUGUGGUCUGCCUCGACGAUGGUAGUCGCCUUCCUGGCUCAGGGGUGAACAGUAUUCCCACCAGCUCGGGCGACACCGUCAACCUGUCGAGCGGCUCGUCCAAUGGAGCCUCACUGGCCAGCCAAGGCCGCACAGUCAAGAUCUGCAUGCAACAUCCUGACUACGCACGUAAUCUGAUUAUCCUUGAGCUCAUUGAAAACGAGGGCUCCAAGGAUUAA